UGUGAAAAAAAAAUAAUAAUCUUAUCAAUGUUGACAUUUCGGUAUGUACUAGGAAAAUAAGCGACCUUGUGCAGGAUCACUUGCACCUGAGUCAUUAGUGGCAUUGCAUGGCGUGACGAGUGUUUCUGGUGCUCGGGUAUCAAGGCAAUAGAUAGAGUGACGUACAUACAUACACACCACCAUGAAUCGACUGUUUGGCCGUGGUAAGGCUAAGGAACCUCCACCACAGCUCAAUGACUGCAUCGCUAAUGUGGACAGCCGUGCUGAAUCUAUAGAGAAAAAAAUUGCACGUUUAGAUGUAGAGCUUGUGAAGUAUAAGGACCAGAUGAAGAAGAUGCGAGAGGGUCCUGCUAAAAAUGCAGUGAAGCAGAAGGCCAUGAGAGUGCUGAAGCAGAAAAAGAUGUACGAGUCACAAGCUGGCAACUUGCGCAACCAAAGUUUUAACAUGGAGCAGGCAAAUUAUGCAACCCAGACACUUAAAGACACAAAAACCACUGUUAAUGCCAUGAAAUUGGGAGCCAAGGAGAUGAAGAAAGAAUUCAAGAAUAUAAACAUUGAUGAAAUUGAGGAUAUACAGGAUGACAUGGCAGAUAUGCUGGAGCAAGCCGAUGAAAUACAAGAUACCCUUGGGCGCAGUUAUGGAACACCUGAAAUUGAUGAAGAUGACCUUGCAGCUGAGCUUGAUGCUCUUGGUGAUGAGGUAUUGCUGGAUGAAGACACCUCAUACCUGGAUGAUGCCAUUAAUGCUCCUAAUGCACCAGAGAAGGAGCCUGGUGCAGAGACCAUCAAAGAUGGCAUGCCUGUUGAUGAGUUUGGCUUGCCCCAAAUGACUACAUGAGUUGAUAAGUGCCACUAUGGAAGGCUUCUGUGCUUCUGUACACUUAAGCAAACAUUUUCUCUCUUUAGUAUUUGUGCAGCAAACUUAGCAACAAAAGUUUAUGUUUUCAUACAUCUUGUUGAUUAAUGUAUGAAGCUUUGGAAAAUGGUUGGUAGGAUGCCUUGAAAUUGGUCAUAUUGACAAGUCUCAUGAAAGUGUGUGUGUGUGUGCACGCACGCAUGCAUGCGUGUGCAUGUGUGCUUGUGAGUGAGCGAGCAUGCUUGCAUUUUUGUGUGUGUGUGUGUGCACAUGACUGAAUUGCUAAUCAAUAUCAUAUAUGAUUCACAAAUAAGUUUUAGCAUCUCAGUGUGGUCACAUGUCUAUUAUAAUUUAGUAAAAGAGCAAAUAGUUUAGUAUUUGUUAUCAACGUCAUCACCCAAUAUAAGUACAUCCUUUCUUUCCAUCAUGUGAAACAUUGUGGUAUUGAUCUGUAUUACAGAAUAGUACGUGUAUACAAAGAUUUUAUUGACUGAUUGGAAAGCUACUUUAGUAUCAUUAUUUAUGAUUGGUGCAUAAUUAUGCAAAAAUAAAGGCUCUACAUUUAUUACUUUCUAAAUAAAAUUCUACUUGAUUUAUUUCAGUAUAAUUUCAUAAAAAAUUAGUUUUUGUCUCAUUACAUUGGUUUACAAAAAAAAAUUUGCUUUGAGGCAAGGAUGUGAAAAGGUGUUUUUAAAUAAUUUUUAUGAGGUGAAUUCAAAUAUCUGAACAGUUUUGCUCCAUCACCUCUAGUUUUUUUGUUUUCACAUAUCUUUUUUCAAUUAUACCACAUAAAUUCAAGAUAUAAUGUGUUUAUUACAUCUGUUACAAAGGCAUAUUACAGAAAUAAAAUAUGAUACAAGAACAUUGAUGGAACUAAAUUAUUCCAAAACACAAUACAUAAAUUAUAGUACAGCAGACGGUUAGAAGAGAGUCUUUUUAUGAUAUUGUGUGCUUUGCCUCUGGGAUGCCAAGCAAGAGCAUCCAGCAGAAAUCCCCAUCACUCUGGGGCUCCACUUGCCUUGGUAGUUGCUCUCCUUCUUAGUAAUAUCUUGGUGGAACUCACUGCUCUGAGGUUUGGAGAGAAGAAGUCAAGGUGUAUAUCUCAAAAACUAGAGGUGAUGAUUGAAAAUUGUUUCAAAUAUGAAAUCAGUACCUCAGAAUUAGGCUAUAACAACUACUUUUAUGCUUGCCUUAAUUUAUCUGUAAACCUGUGUUAUUAUUGUGAAUACUUCAUAUAAAGAAAAGUAAUCAUGGAUUCCUUCCAGCAUGCAGAACUGCAACACACAUAUAGUUAUGCAAUCAGGAAAAAUAAUGUAAUUACAGUGCUAAUUGUAUGUGUAAUAAAUAUAUUACUUAUC